UUGCACUCCUUCCUUGUUCGAUAUGUCUGUUUGAAGUUUAUUAUUUAUCAGCACCUCAUAGUAAUGAAACUCUUUCCAAAGACAAUUACUGGAUCCCUGCAUGCCCAAAACAAAGGUGCAUGUGACUGGGGAUGGCAAGGACUGUUUGCUUAUGGAAGUCAAAAUUUUGUCAGUGUUGUUGACCCAGUUACUGUUCAGGUGAUCCAAGUACUACACAAGCACAAAGCUAAUGUUAUUAAGAUCAAAUGGGCCAAAGAGGACUACCACCAUGAUGUGAACAGCCCAUAUUGUCUGCGACUGGCCUCGGCCGAUGCCAGUGGUAACAUAAUCGCGUGGGACGUUUCACAAGGUCAUGCACGAGCUGAGUUUUCAGAUGGGAAUAAGCCAGUGCAAGAUAUGGAUUGGCUUGGACAGCAGGAUGCAUCAAGAGAUUUACUAGUUGCAUUGCAUCCUCCUUACUCCCUAAUCCUGUGGAAUGCGGACACUGGCACACGGCUGUGGAAGAAAACAUACACCGAAACAUUGAUUUCAUUUUCAUUUGAUCGUUUCAACUCUAGAAAUGUUGUCUUUCUAGGUCAAGACUGCAUUGUAUUUAUUGAUGACUUCAUGAUAAAUAAAACCCCAUCCAGCAAUGGGAAGAAGUAUUACAUCUUCAGCCCUUCUAGUCAUGCUGGAGGAAACUCGGCUAACCACAACACUAGUGCGAACAAUUUGGAGAGAAAGGCAUCAUCAAAGAAUUUGGCUCAGAGAAUGAGUCGCAUUCUUGUGGGUGAAAGUAAACCCAGCAAGCCAGUCCAGACUGAAGAAGAGACUGUUGCAGUGAGCGAAUGUCUGCAGCUGUCGUUUCACCCGUCCUGCCGCCACCACAUAAUUCUGCUGUACCCGAGAGAGAUGUUGAUUCUAGACCUGGAGAUCAACCAGACCGUGGGCAUGGUCUCACUCGACAAGACAUCGUCUCCCUUUGUUCAGGUUCUUCCUUGUUGGCAAAGAGAUGUGCUAAUGUGUCUUCAUGAAAGUGGCAGUAUAUCUGUUCGAAUACGCAGAAAGUCCAACAACUUGUGUACACCGGCUUCAGAAGGUACUGGUGCCUUUGAUGAUACACCACCCACAGUGUCGAUGGACGUGGCCUAUGACCUGAGGUCGCAGACUGACCCACUCCGAGUGACAAGACACAACCGCGUCUAUGGAUUCACAGUGUCACCGGUUUCAGAAAGGACCAUUGGUCUUGUUAUGAGUGACAGUCGAGUUAUCUUCUGGGAGAUGAAAACUGUUGAUGUCAAGUCUUCCCAGCAGAGCAUUAACUCGCCAUUGUUUACACCUGGUGCUACUCUGCCUAGUGCAGUGCAGAACGUAACCUCGGGAAAGAAUGAGUUUCCAGUCAUUACCGGCAUACCUUAUCCCAAGAUGGUCCUCACUGAUAUGAUUGGCCCAUCACAACUUCCUGUCAUGGGUGGUCUGAGGUCAGAUGUCAAAGGUCACAGUGUGCAGCUGAAGUUCAUAAUGACUGGUCUGCUGCAAGGGGUACAUACUUACAUCACAUGCAUACGCAUGUGUCCACCUUUGACAAACAAGAACUGGACUAUCUAUGAGCCUAGACUGGCAUUAGGUACAUUUUCUGGUGCCAUCCAGACAGUGAAUGUGGCUAGUGGCCAGGUAGACAGGGAAUUCAGCAUCCACUCUUCUAUGGUCAGGGGUAUUGAAUGGUGUGGAUUAAAAACGUUUCUGUCAUACGCCUACCCAAACCCUGGACCCAGUGGACUUGUCAAAAAUGAGUUCAGUCAUGUAGACAUCCUCUCAGGGAAGGUAACUCAUAUCAGAUUACACCGAGAGGAAGAGUCGCCAUUAGAAUCAAUGCAGAUAUCACACCUAAAGCAGUUUUUUGUGCUGGGCUUCAAGGAUAAACCUUUGGAGUUGUGGGACUUGAAAUCACUGACCAUUAUAAGAGAACUUCCGAAAACGUUUCCUAGACCUACUGCUAUUGUUUGGUCGCCAUCACACAGUUUGAAAACCAUGAAGAAGAAAUUGUUGGACAGUGGGUCAGACGAUUUGGACAAAAGUGGACAUGGGUCCAGAUGCAGUGAGAUUGACACCUCCACAACAUCGUCGGGUAUGUCGGAGCACGCAGGUGGCAAGGAAAAAAAGACUCAAUCCAAAAUGAGUGUUCGUGAACAUUUUGUGAUGACUGACAAAGAUGGGACUGUCUUUCAUUUCAUUGUGGAAGGAAACUUGAUUUCAGAUGUGACCAAGAUACCACCAGAUAGUGGUUUAAGCACAGUGACUUGUUUGGCCUGGAAAGGUGACUUCCUGGUGUUUGGUGAUGUGGAUGGAACUCAGUGUCUCUGGGAUCUCAAAGCCAAGAUAUCCAGAACAACUCCAUCUAGUCGGGGCUGGAUUAAGAAGAUUCGCUUUGCUCCUGGCAGAGAAAACUUCAAGUUUUUCACGCUGCAUAACGAUGGCCUUGUUGUCUGGGAUAUCAAUCAGGACGGGAAAUCGGAAAUUGUCCAUUUCAUCAAGAGUCCUAAGGACAUUGCCAAGAUCGUGGAUGCUGAGUGGGCGGGGUCUGACCGCCCUUGUGUUGUCACGACAUCCGGAUGUGUUCAUGUCUUUGAUCUGGCUCUGAAGAUUGCCAACUCCAGCAUCGAGCAGUGGGAUCUCCAAGAUCCUCUGAUGAGUCCAUACCUGUUGCCUCCGAAAGCCUCCCAGCUUCUCAAGUGUAUCCUGCAGCAUCAACCGUGGACAGACGAACUCAGCUUUGAGCUGGACGGAAUGAGAGAAGAUGAUCAGGAAAUACAGAGAGCUGUCAAUACGCAGUUAAAUCUCAUUGACAGCGAGUUGCUUGAUUACCUGCGGAACUGUCAGUUUGGAACAGCACAGCGGUGUCUUCUCACUGCCAGAAUAUUUGGAGACGAGUCAGAGUUACACUUCUGGACAGUAGCUCUUCAUUAUCUGAGGUCAACAAAAGUCCAGUCUUCAAGCAAGUCUCCCAGUCGGGUGCCCUCAAACAGCGACACGAGUAACCUGUUUGUUCCUCAGACCCCCGACUACAAGGAGACCAAUGACCUAGUGUUGUUGGAUAACCCCGAGGAGAUCGAGAAGAAGAAACUGCUGACGCAGCUGUUCAGGGAUCAGCCCCUGGAACGGUGUUAUGAUGCAGUUGUCGACAACCAGAGUUUUAAAAAAUAUCAGCUGGACAGAGUGUCGCUACAUGACAGCAAGCGCUCCACGUACGACCACACUCAGAAGUGUGCCGAGAACUACAUGUUACUGGGACAGACCGACCGGGCAGUGCAGCUCCUGCUAGAAACAGAAGCGGAUAACGAGAACUAUUACAUCGAUAGUCUAAGAGCCUGCUUAGUUGCAAGUAUUCGUUCUUCUGGAGCUUCCCAGAGCACAAUAAAACUUGUGGCCACAAAUCUGAUUGCAAAUGGAAAACUUUCAGAAGGUGUUCAGUUGUUGUGCCUGAUAGACAAAGGUCUGGAUGCCUGCCGAUACCUACAGACCUAUGGAUCAUGGGACAAGGCUGUGUGGCUGGCAAAGUCAAGUCUGAACUUUGCCGAGUGUUCAGAAGUCAUCAAACGCUGGGCGGACCAUCUCUGCAGCACCCAGGUUAAUCAUAAGAGCAAGGCAUUGCUUGUGUUGUUAUCUCUGGGCCAGUUUGUUAAAGUAGUGGAGAUGUUGUAUGGCAUGAGAUCAUUCGACAGAGCUGCCUGCUUCAUCGAAGCUUGUUUACAAUUUGGUGUGCUUGAAAAGACUUCUGAAACAGCUUCCUUGAUAGAAGCUGUAUUCCUAGAAUACGCUCGGUUCCUGACCAACAUUGGAUUGAGAAAAGCUGCUGAAUACUACUGCAAUCUUGCAGGAGACAAAGGAGAACAGUUUCUAAAAGAAGUGGAAAUACUUUUCACAUGAUUGAGACAAAUGAACUACAACAGAAUUUCUGAUAGAAGGAUAUGUAAGACCUACCCGAAUUGCUGACCAAAAAUGUGUUAAAACCAAUGAAAACAAAAUUCAUUUCUUAAUGGUCAUGCCAACUGAAGAUAGCAUUAAUUAAUUUUGGGCUGUUUUCAUGUUUAGAAAUUAAGACUUUCUGUAAUAACUUACAAGAAAAAUUAUGAUCAUGGUAAUUUAAAAUCUAGUCCUAGGAAUGUAUUUUUUUCUAAUAAUGGACAAUUUGUUUUAACACUGUUUUAUCGCUGUGAUUAUAAAAAUUAACCUGAUCAUUUCUUUUUCUCAUUUGGGAGCAGUAUUUUCUUCAAAUUUUUAUAUUACUUAACAUACAGAAUAUAACCUGUUAGUGGUGUCUGGAUGUUAAUAGUAAUAUAACAUUCUGAGACAGUUCUUUCUGUUUUUUAGAAAGAGAAAUAAAAUGGGACCAUUGAAUAAAACAAAUUAGUAUACUUGUCUUGUGAUAAUUAUUGUAGGAUUUGUUUUACCAUAAUGACUAUCUCAGAAUUGUAUUGGAAAGCAUUUUAUUAACACCACCACCAAUUGUAUGUUAUGAGGCAUCCACUGUUGUCUUAUACUUGCAUCUGUUUACACUCACAAUAUGUACAUAUAAGAACUUUCCAUCCCACUCCAUUUUAUAUUUAUUUUACAAAUUUAAUUAACUGCAAUGAUAUUUGUUCAUUCAUAUAUUUCAAUUUAUUUUUGUUUAAAUCCAAUUAAGCUUCAAGCACGCUGUCCAGUGCACACACGUCAGCUAUCUUAGCUGUGUGUCCAGGCAAGGAUUACUGGGUAGUGGUUAUGGGUUGAUGAUUGAGAGAAGAGUUGGCAUAGUUGCCUUACACCUCUAUACUGAGCCAUUAAAACUUGCUCUGGGUGGAAGCUGGUCCUAGGGUGUGAACCCCGUACCUACCAGCUUCAAGUGUGAUGACUUAAGUGUGGAUAUUUGUAUACUGGGAGAAAGAAAUAAGGGAACACUUAUACUGCAGACCAAAUUCAGUCACUAUUAGCAUCCUAAUAUCUGUAUAAAGUACAAACUUUAGACAUAAUAUGGGAUUCAAUGUCAGUAAUGUGAUAUUGAAUUUCAGUAAUAUGGUUAACUUCUUGACACUAUGGAUGAGGGUUUUAGAUGCAUCACUCGUUCCUUUAAGUGUUGGUGUGAUCCCUUAUUUCUUUCCAUCAUUAUAUUAUCACUUUUUUCUUUCAUAACACUCCCAAUAAAACUAUUACGGUUGUGCCUCACAUACUGCCAUUGUUCAUGUUAAAUACUCGCACAAUUCUAGCUGCUGUCUCGUUUUUCCAAUCUCUUAAUAUUUAUCUUAUUUAUAUCAACUAAUACAUUAAUUUAGGUAUGUUGGGAAAAAAAUGUCUACUGUUGUGUAUAUGGUAGUAUACAGUUCUCAUUAUAAAUCUAUGUGAAGCUGUAACUUAUCAGUUAAAACCAACGGAGGUUGCAGUUUUGUUAAGUCAUCAAAUCAUUAUUUGCAAUACACUGUAUUUUGGUGAACUGGAUUUUAAUAAUUGUGAUAAUUAAAUGUGCUAUGUAAAUAGAGAAUGUAUAUUUAUUUUCAGUACAAAUUAUUUCCUACAUGUGAUUCUGAAUGUUAUACAUAUAACAAUACAAAGAAAGUGUAUUAUUUAAUUACUUUAAUCAGCACUGGUGUUGUCCAUGAACAGUUUACAAUUGUAACUUCUAUACUUGAGAAGAACUUUCUGAGAACUGGAUGUUGUUCACUUGUGCUGUAAUAAAAACUUUAUUAUUC